AUGGACACUUAUACAUUUAAUGAAACCAAUCGAUGUCUUCAUGUUCGAGAACUUGAUAAUUUGGCUCCAUCGGAUAAACGUAGCUACGAUUCAAUUAUUAAUUUAAUACUAUUUUUGAAGCGAUAUCAUCAGGCAUGUCGAAAUUCUGACGUUCGGUGUUUUUAUGAUGAACAAUUAUAUAUGUGCUUAUGUGAUUUCAAGCAUCGGUCAGCACUUUGCUAUAAAUACGAUUUUCAGUAUGAUCAAUGCGAAUUUUGCUUAAAUGGUGGUUUGUGUAUUUAUCGGAAUAAAUUGAAAAAUCGUUUUAAUUAUGUAUGUCAAUGUCAACAAUGCUCUUAUGGUUCGUUAUGUCAAUACAGAAUAGCGCAAUUUGGCUAUUCAUUAUGGAAACUCUAUUAG